AUGUGGAAAAUUUGCAGUUACUUCCCUUCUAGAAUCAUGUUUUAUGUUGUUCUUGAUUAUGAAGUUGAGCUAUUAAAAGAAAACACACAAGCAUCAUUUCAAGCUGCAGGAGAUGGAUGGUUUACACUUUCAAAAGAGAGGUUUCAGACGGCAGAGAUUUUAUUCAAGCCACAUAUUGCUGGAAUGCAAGCCAUGGGUUUGCACCAGGCCAUAGCUGUUUGUAUGGAGUAUUGUCAUUCUGCAGAACUAACGGGCGACUGUGAUUGGUACAAGAUGGUAGUUUUAUCGGGAGGAACUGCAUGUUUGCCAAGUUUAGCAAACGGUGAUUGGUACAAGACAGUAGUUUUAUCGGGAGGAACUGCAUGUUUGCCAGGUUUAGCAGAUGUUAGGCUGAAAGUGUUUACUGCGUGCAAACGCAUGCUUUUCCUACAACAGGGAUUUUGGAUCCCUAUUUCUAUCUGA